UCGAAAAGGAAGGGGGCGAGAGGUAGUUGUGUGUAGUGGGUGCAGAACUGCAGCAGCGCAGCACCGGGCAGGGAGGGAGGGGGCGACCCGGAGUCUUUGAAAGGAUAGAGGGCGAUGACCACACCGGCAGGCUCUGGCACAGGCUUCGGCUCCGUGUCCUGGUGGGGCUUGUCCCCAGCGCUGGACCUGCAGGCUGAGAGUCCUCCUGUGGACCCAGAUUUGCGGGAGGAUACAGAGCACACGACCCCCGAGCUAGAUGUACUGCUGGUGGGAUCCGUGGAUGGGCGGCACCUGCUUCGGACUCUGGCCCGGGCAGCUCUCUGGCCUCGCAGGAGGUUACAUGUGAGCCGGGAUUGUGGGGUGGGUGGCGAGAGGAGAAUGAAGUUCUAUGUGCUUGAGAAUAAUCUGGAAGCUGUGGCCCGACACAUGCUGAUCUUCAGUCUAGCCUUGGAGGAACCUGAGAAGAUGGGGCUGCAAGAGAGGAGCGAGACCUUCCUGGAGGUGUGGGGGAACGCGUUGCUGCGCCCCCAGGUGGCCGCCUUCGUGCGCGCGCAGGCCGACCGCCUGGCGCGCCUGGUCCCGGAGCCCCACCGCCUGGCGGAACAGCUGCCCUGGCUCAGCCUGAGCGCCCUCAAGUUCCGCGAGCGCGACGCGCUGGAGGCUGUGUUCCGCUUCUGGGCCGGCGGGGAGAAGGGUCCUGAGGUCUUCCCCAUGAGCCGCCUCUGGGACUCCAGGCUGCGUCACUACCUGGGCUCCCGUUACGACGCCCGGCGCGGUGUCAGCGACUGGGAUUUGCACAUGAAGCUGCACGACCGCGGGGCCCGAGUCAUCCACACUCGCGAGUUCCGGCGUUGGAGGGACACAGGCGUCGCCUUUGAACUCAGAGACUCCAGCGCCUACCACGUGCCCAACCGGACCCUUGCGUCCGGCCGCCUCCUGAGCCAUCACGGGGAGCGUGUCGCAGCUCGCGGGUACUGGGGGGACAUCGCCACGGGACCAUUCGUGGCCUUUGGCAUCGAAGCGGACGAUGAGAGCCUCCUGCGGACCAGCAACGGACAGCCAGUCAAGACCGCGAGUGAGAUCACCCAGCACAACGUGACGGAGCUGUUCCGAGAGGUGGCCGGCUGGGGGCGCCCGACAGCCAACCACGGAACCCCUGAGCAGGUGCACGGCGAGGGCCCUGGAAGCCCAGAGCGCGCUGCCCCUUCCCCGGAAUUCACCGUUCACUUCCUGCCUCUCGGCUCUGCCCAAACCCUUCACCACAAGAGCUGCUACGAGGGACGGUUCCAGCUUCUCUACGUGGCCUGUGGGAUGGUGCAUCUUCUCAGCCCCGACCUCGGGGCUUGCGUGGCUCCCGGAGGACACCUGAUCGUGGAAUUAGCCCGGUACCUGGUAGACCUGCGGCAAGAGCAGCUGCAGGGGUUUUCCGCCCGGGUCGGGGAGCUAGCUCAGGCGGCUGGAUUCACCCCGCAGAACCAGGACAGGCCCUCUGAGACCUUCGCACGCUUCUACAAGUCCGGGGACUCUGCUUGCCUCCGCAGCCACGCCGCUGUGCAAUCCACGACUCCGCCCCCUGGCGCCCUGGUCCCGCCCUCUGUACAAUCCGCGACUCCGCCCCCUGACGCCCUGGUCCCGCCCCUUGAGGCAAGGAACCCGCCCCCGGAGGGCCUGACCCAGCCUUCGGAAGGCAAGACCCCACCCUCUGAGCGCCUCAAACUACCCUCAGAGUCUCGGGUUUCACUCUCAGAGGUUCAGGCUCCGCCCACAGGGAGUCAGACCCCAAAACCAGAGAGUCUGCCCCGACUGCCAGAUACCCAGCCCCCCAUCUCUGACCUCUAGUCAGGUCCCGGAAGUAGAGCCCACCUGUAGAAUACUCAGUUACACUCUCAACAUUCUCAAUCAGCUUCAGAGGUGUUGCUAGAAUUUCAGAUUACAUUCCUGGGAUGCUAUAGUCUGUUCUUAGAAUUCUAGAUGGUUCUCUCAGAGUUCUCCAUUUCAUUCCUGAGCCUGGCGAUCUGGCCCUGAGGCUCAGGCCCUCUGUGUGGUCCCCUUGUCGCCAGAGGUCCUGUUUUAACUGGGGUUUGGGGUGGUCUGCUCUCCAGGGCUAGUCAGCACCCCCACGUGGUCCGAGUAAAGAGAGCGGGGUCCUCUUCUCCGUGUGCCCGUGUAGCUUUCCUGUCCUCAGUCUUGUCUCCAGGGCUGGGGGAGGGGAGCGCCUAGGGUGGUCAAGAGAGGAGACCUAGUUCCAAGUAAACUAGAAGUGGGUUUCUCUGUGCUGUUGCCUUCGAGAGUCUGGGCCACACCUAGAUCCUGAAAUAAAUCAAAAUUUAUAGAGUG